AUGGCAAAAUCAUGUCGUAAGGCUAUUUCAUUCUUUGGAGUUGUGCAGCGGAUAUAUGUAUUAUUUGCUAGUUCUACCAAGAGAUGGAGUGUUUUGCUUGAACAUGUCAAAAAUUUAACUGUGAAAUUAUUGAGUAGUACUCGUUGGGAAAGUCGAAUUAAAAGUAUCAAAGCAAUUAGAUAUCAAGCUCCUGAACUAAGAUCAGCUUUGCUAUCAUUGAGUGAAGAUAGCGACACUGAAGCCAAGGAUAGGAGUGAUGCAAAAAAUUUAUUUGAUAUCCUUGGCAGCUUUGAGUUCAUACUUAGUAUGGUUAUUUGGUAUGAUAUUUUGUUUGCUGUAAAUACUGUCAGCAAGAAGCUGCAAUCACCAUCCAUGUGCAUUGAUUCUACCUUACAACAGAUAGAAGGAAUGCUGAGUUACUUUGACACCUAUAGAAAUGAAGGAUUUGCUUCGAGUAUGAUCAUUGCCACUGAAAUUGCAUCUGAAAUGGGUGUAGAGACAACAUUUCCAGUAAAGCGUCGUGCUACUAGGAAGAAACAAUUUGAUGAAACAGACUACAAUGAAGCGAUUUUGCAAGCUGAGAAGGACUUUGAAGUUAAUUAUUUUCUUGUUAUAGUCAACAAUGCAAUCAGUUCACUGAAAAGUAGAUUUGAGGAACUCCAAUCAUUCAAAGGUAUAUUUGGGUUUAUAAUGAGUUCAGAAACCUUGAAGUCAUUGGAUAGUGAUGGACUAAAAGAGUGCUGCACCAAAUUUUCAGAAACUUUCUCUCUAGAUGGUUCAUCUGAUGUUGAGAUAAAUGAUCUAAUUUAUGAGUUAACUGUUAUGCAGUCCACUUUGCCAGAUAGAUCAAUGUCUGCUAUGGAGAUUUUUGAAUUUGUCCAGGAAGCUGAUUGUUAUCCUAAUAUUUCUAUUGCAUACCGGAUCUUAUUUACUGUGCCUGUGGCAGUGGCGUCAUCAGCUGAAAGAAGCUUUUCAAAGUUAAAACUAUUGAAGAAUUAUCUAAGGUCCAUAAUGUCUCAAGAAAGGUUAAAUGGUUUGGCCACUUUAUGCAUCGAGAAGAAAUUAUUGGAUCAGAUCAACAUUAAUGCCAUCAUCGAUGAUUUCGCAUCGAGAAAUGCUAGAAGAAACUUUUAA